AUGGCAAUACCACAAUCCUCAGUUUCAAAGUUCGGUACAUGCCCUAAAUGUUCAUCACCCCGAUUUCAUUAUAAUUGGUGUCGUAAAUGUGAAUUCUAUGCUUAUCAAUCCCUCUAUCCCAAAUGGACCUGUCAAAAUCAAGAUAUUGAUCUAGUUAUUAAGAGCAUUCAAGCAAAUGCUGGUUCAAUCUUUUCAUUCAUUGAAUACAUUCCUUAUGAAAAGUUUUUGAAUAUCGAAUAUAUCGGAAAAGGUGGCUUUUCAACUGUUUGGGAGGCUGAGUGGGUUGAUGGUCCACGGGAUGGACCACCAGUCUUUGAGCAUCAGGAUGGGGUACAGGGUGAACAGAUGCCGAAAUGGGAACGGAGUGGCCAGAAGAAAGUUAUUUUAAAAUCAUUACUGGCUUCUCAAAAUGUUAAGUCUCAAUUCUUUGAAGAGUUAAGGAUACUUAGUAGGCACACUCCACCAAAUUGCACUUACACGAUCCCUGGCCUCCUUCGGUGUUACGGAAUAACACGUGAUCCCAAAACACAUGAAUUCAUGAUGGUUUUUCAACAUUGUUCUCGAUAUGAUUUACAAACUUACCUUUCUAGAAUUCCUUAUACAACAUUAUUACAAUCCCAUAAACUUAUUUCCCAAAUUGUCGGUGGUCUUAAAGAGAUCCACAAAUCGGGUUUAAUUCAUAAAAAUUUGCACUCUGGUAAUAUCCUAAUUGAUGAAAAUGGUAAUGCUUAUAUCGGAGACACUGGUCUAUGCAAACCCGUUGACCCCGCCAAAAUUCGACGUUCAUCUGAACCAACAAAAUUAACCUUUCGUAAACGCACAAAUUCUAGUCCAACUGAAUCAAUUUCACAACCUAUGAAUCUUGUUAAUAGUGUAUUUGGUGUAAUGCCAUAUUUAGCUCCAGAAACUUUAAUGUCCGGAAUUUAUUCAAAAUCUUCAAAUGUUUAUUCCCUUGGUAUGAUCUUAUGGCAAAUAUGGUCGGGACAACGACCAUUUAUCGAACGUCCUCAUGAUAAAACUUUGCAAAUUGAAAUUUUAAAAAAUAAUUUGAGACCAAUGUUACUUGAGGAUAUGCCAACUGAAUACAAAGAACUUGUCUCCCAGUGUUUGGAAUCAGAUCCUUCUAAUAGACCAAGUAUUGAUGAUAUCGAAAGAGUUUUAAAAAGAAUGAUUUGUGAUGAUGGAAUUAAUGUUGAAGGUGUUGUCACAGGUAGUUUGGGAUUUGAGAUUGGGAUCAAAGGAAACGGAGGGAUACGAAGGGUCCUAUAUCAGGAGAGACAAAAUGCUUUACCUCAUAGGAAGGCAAAAUAUGUUAGCAGAUUAAUUUCAACCUUGAAUAAUAAAACCGAUGCAUCCGAGAUCAAAUCAAUUCCUUUACAAAAAUUACGAAAUAGUUCUCAAAGUAAUUUGUUAACGCGCCAUGACUUUACGAAUAAACCUGAUUUAGGAACUGUCAUUAAAGUAAAACACGACCAAAAUGACCCUAGUGAUAAUCAUAGUAAUCCUCGUGUAAGUCCACAUAAUAUCCCGCCACGUACCUCUUUGGUUUCGAAUGUUUUCGAAAAUACGCAAGGCUCUAUUAUCAUCUUAAAUGCUUCCGGAAAUAAUAGAGAUUCCAGAAUUUUUACAGCUAAUAAACAAAAUUCUGAGAAUUUUUAUAAAGGUUUUAAUGAAUCUAGGGAAUUUUCAAUUCCAAAAAACAAUCACAUUAUUCAAAAAUUACAAUCAGCGACUGCAUUUCAACGUAUCUCAAGUAUGAAUAGAUGUCUUAUCCCAAACGAUGAAGAUUUUAGAAUUCUCAUCGACUGGUGUUACUGGGCAAACUAA